GGUCACACUGCAUUUAACAAACGGUCACUCUGCGCUGGGCCGAUGAUGUGGAUUUAAAAUUAAAAUUGUUACAAAUUUGUUUAAAAUUAGGGAUAGCGUAUAGAAAUGGACAUUACCCAGACCUUCAAGGCCAGUGUUAUGACGGUGCGCCUCCAGAGGAAGACCGAGCUGGCUGGCAAGGCGAAACCGGGUCCAGCGCCCACCAAAACUCCAACUGGCCCAAAGGAUGACUUCGCCAAGAAUGCCAAGGAGGUGUGCAACAAGAUCACUUCCCUGCGCAAUGUGCUGAUCGAGAACCGGACCGCCUACAUGCGCAUCGGGCAGCACCUGAAGACCGCCGCCCACAUGACCGACGCCCAACGGGAUCUGAUCGAUCGGGAGUCGGAGAAGUUCGUCACCUUCUACACACAACAUCUGGCCAAGAUGCGUAGCGACUGGAAGGGCGUCAAGCGGAAGGCCCAGGAACGCCAGCACAUCGAUGCCGUGCUGGACCUUCUAGUCAGCUAUCUCCACAGCGUGGAGCAGAUCUAUCUGGACCAGAAGAAGUACCGGGUGCAGCACGAGCUGGAGACCUACAGACUGCUUAAGCUGGCUGCGGACAAGAAGAAGAUACCAGUGCGUCCAGCGGGCAGCCAAAGUGGCAAGUUGGGCAGGCGCCAGGUCAGCAAUGAUGAUGGCGAUGCCAAUGAAGCGUCGCCCUCGGCAAAUGGCCAUGCGGAUGAAUCCGCCGACAACGACUGGAGCAACGAUGGCUGGGGCGAAUGGGAUGAGGACGAGGAUGAAGCCGAAGCGGAUGACCACGAUGGGCAGGAGGAGGCAGCAGGGCCUGCCCAGGCCAGCCAGCACAAACCACGUACGCGAAAGCGAAGCAAGCCCAAUAGGUCCACCCUGAACGACUCAUCCUCCAAGGUGGCUCUGGACGAGGAGCUCCAGAAGCAGCAGGAGCCCUACGACGACGAUCCGUUGAGUGCCGAGGACGUGCAACUGUUCGAGGCGGAGAACGUGCACAUCUACAACUUCCUACAGGGCGUCUCCGAGGAGGUGGAGCAGAUUGAGAAGAACGUGGUGGACAUUGCCCAGCUGCAGGAUAUUUUCACCGAGAAGGUCGCCAUGCAACAGCACAAUAUCGACAGGAUUGUCAGUGCCGUCGUAGGCACCACAGAGAACGUCAAGGAUGCCAACGAGCAAAUCCGCCAGGCCACUCAAAGGAAUGCUGGCCUCCGGGUGUGGUCGCUCUUCUUCCUGCUGGUCAUGUCGUUCUCAUUGCUCUUCUUGGACUGGUAUUACGAUUAAGUAGCCCCAAACUUUAUGUACACCACUUGGGGCAUUAAAUGGCAAACAUGUUUGUUAUCGUUGGAUCGCAUUAGGAGCAUAAUUUGUUUAUUACAUAAUUUAUAAAUAAAAGGAAAAUAUUUGUAUAGGCUA